GAUGUCCGGUGUCUCUCAUCCGCAGGCCGCCGCCAUGGCGCUGGCAGAGAAGAAGGGCGGGUUGCUGCGGAAAUCCUCCGCCUCCAAGAAGCCGCUGAAGGAGAAGGUCGUGCUCAUGUACGACGAGAUCUUCAUGAUAGACGACCCCAGCAAGCGCAACCCGCGGUUCUGGGAGGAGCUGUUCCUCAUGAAGGUGAACCUGGAGUACCUGGAGGGGAAGCUGGAGGCUCUGGAUGGCGAGGAGCUCAUGAAGAUAAAGGACAACAUUAACUGCUUGUUCCAGCACUGCAUCCAGGCCCUGGCAGAGGAGCACCCCAUCAGGGUGGUCAACGCGCUGCAGACGCUCUGUGCCUUGAUUCGUGGUGUGCACCAGAAGAACAAAUCCACCUCGGGCUUCGACAUCAUCAACAUGCUCAUGGGAUUCGACAAGGCGGAGCUGUGCAUGAAGAAUCUCAUGGAGAGCUUGGACGCUCUGCUCUGCGCAGAAGGCUCCGAAAGCCUGAAGAGCUUGUGCCUGAAGCUGCUCCUCUGCUUGGUUACGGUGACAGACAACAUCAGCCAGAACACAAUCCUGGAGUACGUGAUGAUCAACAGCAUCUUUGAAGCUAUCUUACAGAUCCUGUCCACCCCCCUGAGCCGCAGGGAGCACGGUUACGACGCUGUAGUCCUGCUUGCCUUGCUGGUAAACUACAGGAAGUACGAGUCGGUGAAUCCAUACAUAGUGAAGCUCUCCAUCGUGGAUGACGAGGCCACGCUCAACGGGAUGGGACUCGUGAUUGCCCAGGCACUGUCAGAGUACAACCAGCAGUACAGGGACAAGGAAGAGGAGCACCAGACCGGCUUCUUCUCAGCCUUGACCAACAUGGUCGGCAGCAUGUUCAUAGCAGACGCUGAUGAGAAAAUCUCUGUCCAGACGAACGAGGCGAUCCUGCUGGCCCUCUACGAAGCCGUGCACCUGAACCGGAACUUCAUCACCGUGCUGGCACAGAGCCAUCCCGAGAUAGGCCUGAUGACGACGCCGGCCAGCCCGGUUCCAACGACGCCCGUCACCCCGCUCGGCACCACGCCGCCCUCGUCAGACGUGAUCGGCUCCACGGAGCUGCCCCUGGAUGCUGACGUGCAGACCAGCAACCUGCUGAUAACCUUCCUCAAGUACAGCUCCAUCGUCAUGCAGGACACCAAAGACGAGCACCGGCUGUACAGCGGCAAGCUCUGCCUCAUCAUCCUGACCUGCAUCGCCGAGGAUCAGUACGCCAAUGCCUUCCUGCACGAUGACAACAUGAAUUUCCGAGUGAACCUUCACCGGAUGCCAAUGCGGCACAGGAAGAAAGCAGCCGACAAGAACCUCCCAUGUCGUCCCCUGGUGUGCGCGGUGCUGGAUCUGAUGGUGGAGUUCAUCGUGACACACAUGAUGAAGGAGUUUCCCAUGGAUCUCUACGUGCGCUGCAUCCAGAUCGUGCACAAGCUGCUGUGCUACCAGAAGAAAUGCCGAGUGCGGCUGCACUACACGUGGCGGGAGCUGUGGUCAGCUCUGAUCAACCUGCUGAAGUUCCUCAUGUCCAACGAGACGGUGUUGUUGGCCAAGCACAACAUCUUCACCUUGGCGCUCAUGGUCGUGAACUUGUUCAACAUGUUCAUCACGUACGGAGACACCUUCCUGCCUACGCCCGGCAGCUACGACGAGCUGUACUACGAGAUCAUCCGCAUGCAUCAGAGCUUCGAUAACCUCUACUCCAUGGUUCUGAGGCUUUCGACCAACGUGGGCCAGUGGAAGGAGCCUGCGAGCAAGGUGACCCAUGCACUGGUCAACAUCAGAGCCAUCAUCAACCACUUCAACCCCAAAAUCGAGUCCUACGCCGCUGUGAACCACAUCUCGCAGCUGUCCGAGGAGCAGGUGCUGGAAGUCGUGCGCUCCAACUACGACACGCUGACGCUCAAGCUGCAGGACGGGCUGGACCAGUACGAGCGCUACUCUGAGCAGCACAAGGAGGCCGCCUUCUUCAAGGAGCUGGUCCGGUCCAUCAGCAUCAACGUGCGGAAGAACCUGGCCUUCAACACGCUGAGCCAGGAGCUGCUGCUCAAGGAGUUCUCCACCAUCUCCUGAGCCGGAGCCGCCGGGGCUGCCCGCGCCCCCACGUGUGCGCUUGGUUCAGGACGCUGUGCCCAAGGAGAGAUGGGCGGACGCACACGCGUGUGUGCAGGGGGUGACGGGAGCAGGCCAGGGGAGGCUGCCCCAGUUCCAGACCCCCGCCCCAGCUCCUUCCCCCCGCUUCCUGGACGCUGCUGGGAAGUGCCUGACUGCCCCCUGCACCGUGGGUUGUGGCCACCCCACGGUCCCAGGCCGUUCCCACACCGGAGCAGUGCUGCACCCCCCCUGCCCCUUCCCCACUGCCAGCUGGGGUGCAGGGGGCACCGUGCGGCCCCCAGAGCCCGCCUGGGGCUGGGAGAGCCCAGGAGAGCCUCUGUCCCUUGCCGUGCUCCUGGCAGGGCCCUGGAGCGGGCGUCUGAGCCUGCCAGGCUGACACGGUCCUGCCACCCCGCGGCUGCCCCCCCGGG